AAAAGGUAAGGCUUAUUGUACGAGAUACAAAGUGUUGAACGCUUUGGCGAUCGAGGCACGCAACGAACGAGACUCGCCGUUUCCAUAUUCGUUUUCUUCGCCCCGUUUUUUCUUCCACAUUAUUUUUUUAUUAUCAGUCACGAGUGCGGUCUCGCGUGCGCAAAACUCUCCUCCCAAGCAUAACUUCGGACUACAACCGCACACGUACGAUCAUCAUUUUUUUUUCUUUUCAUUCUCAAAUUUCAUCAUUAUCGCGUCGUUCCUUUCUUAUUUACCGCCCCCUCACAAGAUUCUCGCUCUCUUGUCUUCUUUAUUCUAAAAACGCGCAAUUAUUCCUCGCCUCUGCGCAAUACGCCACCUCGCGUCUCGAGGAUCCUGAUUAAAUCAGAAAUCAACACGCUGGCGAAUAUUCAUCGGGGCACCAAUUCACCUUUUCGCGGACCAAGGCUGGCAGGAAUCGGAAGAUCGGAAACCAAAUUGCCGCAGGUUGAUCCUGGAAAAGUACCAGGAACGAGGAACAUUGUCGUUCGAAGAGGCGAACAACGAAUCCGACUCUGCGCGAUCGGAAAAUCCGAGGCGAAAUUCCCCCAGGUCGAUCCUCGAGCAAAUUGGUUGAUCGGUUGAGGCGUCGCCUUCGCAAGAGGGACACGAAGAAAUUUCGGUGCGCGACACGCAAGAUCGAGCACUUUUGUUUCUCAGCAACGCGAUCAUCGAAUCUUAUCUUGCUCGUUCUAUUCGAUAUUUCGAGCGCGAGCUCCCGCGGUGGCGCCAUUUUCUUUUAUUCCGCGCGCUCGAGCCUGCUCGCUUAUUUUCCAAAUGACGGAUCAACUUGAUACUAGCUCUGCGCAUCGUAUAUGCGUGCUCGUGAUAUACGCGGACCAUUGAUGACGCGCGGCCGCAAGAAGUAUGUGCGGUGCACCGGGUAACGAGCCAGAGUCGAAAAUUCACGAUGAAAACGAUCAAACGAAGCGUUCGAAUGAAAAUGCUGAAAAAACAACAAAAAGCAUCAUCAUCGUUGAUAAUGCUGCCAAGAUGGAAAAGAAAUACAUAAUUCCUCAACUCGGUGUGAACCCUGGCAAACCUGCUGUAUAUCCGGUGGCGUUCGACGACUUUGAAAUAAUUGAGAAUACGAAUGGUUCGAACGGCGGGAGGACGACGAACGAUCGACUCAAAUCCCCGAACGACAAAAAUUCUGGUGAAGGAUCAUUGUCGAGCGGGAUUUCAAUCGUUACGAUCUCAUCGGUGACGAAUUCGGAUCCAGAUCCGGAUCCGGAGUAUUCGACCGGAGAAAACGCCAACGGUACGGUUAAAAAACGGCCGCUCGGACACGAGGAAAGAUGGCAGCACACGGCGCUUCAAGUUUCGGUGCCAUUUUUUAUCGCUGGAAUCGGAACGAUCGGGGCGGGACUUGUUCUCCAAAACGUAGAGAAAUGGCAAGUAUUCCAAAAUGUACCGCAAAUAUUAAUACUCGUGCCUUCGUUACUCGGGCUCAAGGGUAAUUUGGACAUGUGUCUCGCUUCGCGACUGUGCACUCAAGCAAAUCUCGGAAAUAUGAGCGCCGUGGGAGAUAUCAUGAGAAUGAUCGUUGGCAAUUUGGCACUGGUUCAAAUACAGGCGAUCGUGGCAGCAACGAUAGUAUCUUUUUUCGCGACUGGCGUUUACGCCGCGAUCGAAGGAAAAUUCGUCUGGGACCAUGCUCUAUUGAUAACCGCUGCCAGCGUAACAACCGCAACGUGUUCCUGUUUCGUUUUAGAUAUCGUGAUGAUAAUCGUAAUAAUGCUAUCUUAUCGAUACAAAAUGAAUCCGGACAAUCUGGCAACUCCGCUCGCGGCGUCCUUCGGUGACGUUGUUUCCGUAAGCGUACUCUCGGCGAUCGCAUCAUUUUUGUAUCUCAAUCUCAACACGGAGAUCUGGAUAUCGUACGUAAUACUCGGCUGUUAUCUCGUACUUUUGCCCCUCUGGAUUUACGUAGUUCUCAAAAACAAAUAUACGAGGAACGUUCUCACUUCCGGUUGGCUUCCGGUAUUGUCCGCUCUCUUUAUCAGCGGGCUGGGUGGUUUGGUGCUGAGCAAGGUGGUCAACGUUCUCAAUGGAUUUCUCAUAUUUCAACCGAUAAUCAACGGGAUAGGGGGUAAUUUGGUAUCGGUUCAAGCUUCGAGAAUCUCUACGACGCUUCAUCAGACAUCGCUUUUAGGAAUUUUACCAUCCCAUUCGAGAAUCCUCGUUUCUCCAUGGAGAGCCCUCGUCAGAGGAGUCCCUUAUGCCAAAUCAGCGAGGAUACUCAUAGCAAUGGCCGUACCGGGCCAAUUGGUCUUUGUAUACGUAGCCGACUAUCUCGAGCAAAAUACAUCGACUCUCCAAGUGUAUUUUGUAAUCUCUUACCUUCUCGUCGCCGUUUUACAAGUAAUUUUGUUGCUGUACGUUGCACACGUUAUGAUCCACGCGAUGUGGAGAUUCAAAAUAGAUCCUGACAAUUCUGCGAUUCCGUAUUUGACGGCUCUCGGAGAUUUAUCCGGAACGUUGUUGCUCGGUGGUGCCUUUUGGUUUUUAAAGGAAAUACAUCACGAGUAUGGCAAAUGAAGCUGCCGCGUCGCCGAUUAUUCGAACGAUCGUUUCGAAAGAUAUUUAUUAUGAUUAUAUACCGCCGCUGACGGACCGAGCCAGCACACUAAGUAUUUCAAUUAAGUAUAUACCUAUAUAUAUAUAUAUAUAAAGAUAUCGCGCGCGCACUCGAAAGGAAACGACAUUUAUUGUCAUAGCGAUUUAUAACUGCAAUACUCAUCAACGCUGCGACAUGCAUUUUUUAUUGUUUUUCCGAAAACCGCUAAACUCUCAUAUAUAUAUAUCGACACCCGCAAAUAUAAGAAAUCUUAAAUUCGUUCGAACGGAGCUUAUUUCGUCGCAUUCAUAUAUAUAUGUUAAAUAGCUUGUUGAGUAAUUUUUCAAAUUUCAACGGAAUAUAAUGCGUGUGUAGGUUGGGAGGGUUAUUGCAUAGUGUAUCUCAGCGCUGGACGCAUAGAUAUGUAUCAUUUUUGUACAAAUUAAAAUAAAACAAAGUGGGAUACGUC